GUUUUGGACUCGCUCACUCUGCCCGUCAUUAAGCUGCACCUGAGCCCGCCCAAGCGUAGUCUAUGGAAAAAGUCCUUGAAAUUGCAGAGUUGCAUGCAUAGCAGUAGCUCGAGGCAUUCACAAGAUAAGAACAUGGAAGCACACAACCGCAGCAAAGAACCAGACUGCCAAACCUUCCAUUCAUAGCUCGAACAAUGCUUUCCUUUCAUCUUUAGAAAUGUUCAUCCAUCCAAUACCCUUCUUGGGAGUCCCUCGUAAUGUCAUCAUUCUCUCGCCUUUUCCGCCUUUUGGGCAACACCCGAAGCAUUCGCAAUGGCAUAGCACUCCACGCCAAGAUCAUCACGUCGAAAAUAUCACGAGAUAUUUACACAAACAAUCAUUUGCUGGCGCUGUACGUAAAAUUCAACCGCCUUGUUGACGCACGUAAAGUAUUUGAAGGAAUGCCCGAAAGAAACGUCAUUUCGUGGACGGCGUUGAUUUCGGGAUAUUCUCAAAUGGGUAUGGCGGAAAAGGCCCUGGAUUGCUUGAGUUUGAUGGCUACUGAUGGUUUGGAGCCAAACUAUUAUACUUUUGUCAGUGCUGUUUCGGCUUGUGCUAGUUUAGGUGAUGGUAGAGUUGGUAAGGAAGUUCAUGGACGGAUUUAUCGGAGUGGGGUGGAUUUUAGUACACCUGUUUGUAAUAGUUUGAUUAAUAUGUAUGGAAAAUGUGGGUUGUUGAAGUCAGCUCAGCUGGUAUUUGAUGCUAUGUUGGAGCCGAAUUUGAUUUCUUGGACUUCACUUCUUUCUUGUUACUGUCAACAGGGAGAAAACAUGAAAAGUUUGAAGAUUUUCGUGCAGUCAAGAAGGGUGGGUGUGAGAGUUAAUGAGUUUACUUGUGCAAGUGUGUUGAGUGUGUGUGCAGGGUUGGAAGACUUGAAGGCUGGAAUGCAAAUACAUGGCUUGGUGGUCAAAUGUGGACUUGAGUUUGACAAAUUUGUUGAGACGGGAUUGAUAAGUUUUUAUACAAAGUGUGGAGAGUUGAUUUUGGCUGGUCAGGUGUUUUUGGAGGCAAAUCAGUCAAACGUGGCAGCUUGGACUUCAUUAGUUGGAGGGUAUGUCCAACAAGGCAGGAGAGGAGAAGCUAUUGAUCUUUUUCUUAAGCUACACUCUUCAGGGAUCAGGCCUAGUGAAAGAACAUUCUCUUCUGUACUUGGAGCUUGUGCUGAUGCAGAAGUUAUUGAAGUUGGGAAGCAGUUUCACUCUUUGAUCACUAAAAUGGGAUAUGGUUCAUUUAUAUAUGUCGGAAAUGCAGUUCUGGACUUUUACUCAAAAUGUGGGCUUCUUCAGGAAUCAUUGAGAACUUUUGAAGAUAUGGAUGAGCAUGAUAUAGUCUCAUGGAAUUCUUUGAUCUCUGGGCAUGUUGGGUCAGGUCAAUAUGAGGAUGCCAUUAAACUCCUAAAAGAUAUGUUAUUUCAAGGAUAUAAACCCAAUCUUUACACAUAUUCUAGCAUUUUGAGUAUUUGUAGUGAUGUCCCAGCUAUUGAAUGGGGAAAGCAGACACAUUGCUGUAUUAUAAAACCUGAAUUUGAUUCUAAUGUCGUCGUUGGAAGUGCCCUCAUAGAUAUGUAUGCAAAGUGUGGGGUACUGAAUGCUGCUCGAAAUGUUUUUGAUUAUCUAGCUUCAAAAAAUUUGGUUUCUUGGAAUACUAUGCUUGUAGGAUAUGCUCAACAUGGAUUUGCGAGAGAAGCACUGGAGAUCUAUUGCAUGAUGCAGAGAGAUGAUGUCAAACCUAAUGAUGUUACAUUCAUUGGGGUAUUAUCUGCCUGUGCACAUGCAGGUCUCUCAGAGGAGGGAUUGCACUACUAUAAUUCCAUGAUCAGGGAUCACAGUAUUGCUCCAAAGAUGGAGCAUCUAGCUUCUAUUGUCAAUCUUCUUGCUCGUAAAGGGGCAACUAGAAGAGCUUAUGAUUUUAUUAGGAGUUUCCCUGCAGAGCCAAGCAAGGUGGUCUGGCGAUGUCUUUUGUCAGGCUGCAAAUCUCACAAGGACCUAGUCUUAGGAAGAUUUGCUGCAGAGAAAAUUUUGAGUAUUGAUCCGGAAGAUACUUCAGCAUAUAUUAUGCUAUCGAACAUUUAUGCAGAGGCCAAAAUGUGGGAUGAAACAGCACAAUUGAGAAAAAUUAUGACGGAGAAAGCAAUGAAGAAAGAUACAGGAUAUACCUGGAUUGAAUUGAAGAACAAGGAUAUUUGCCUGAUGAUUUGUUAUGUUUUCACAGUGAGAAGUGAGCUGAGGAUGUGAAUGGAUAAAAGUUUAUUGGUACAGCAUUAUUUCGUUCUGUCAGCUGUAUGUUAUAUGUGGUAUAUGUGGAUGCAUGCGAGUCAUAUAUCAGGAAAAGAGGGCAAAACACCUGAAAGCUGAGAUCUUUCAUGAAUUGUACCUUCAAACAAUACUACUACAAGAAUUCUCAACUAGACAAAACAUUGACUUAUCAGAAGCAAAAAAUAUUGCCCAAAUCUGGUGUCAUCAUUCCAUACAGAAUGAUGCAAAUGAAGUGACAGAACGGAGUCCGUAAAUUUUUCAUAAUAUGCCAUGGUAAUUGAAUAUGAAGUUUCACUGGCGAGAAGUUUUGAAGUUGAGGGCAGCAGCAUCACCGGGUGUGAGAUUCAUAUACUCUUAGUUUCAAGGGGUAGUCUGCAAUGCCCCCAAUUCUCGGUCCUGCACCUGUUGUCCAUUUUGAAGAUAGUUGGUGCUGUAACUAGCACGAACUUGCUUCCUUUUUUGAUUUGAUCCUCUGGAUGACCUCUUUUUUUGGAGCACUUGGGCUUUGGAGAUUUAUGGAUAGUGUUCACUUAUAAUUUCAUGUUCUUUCAAUCUGAGAUAAAAGUGAUGAUUCAAACUGUUGCUUUUUUCUCAUUUUUUUCUGCAAGCUUGCAGUUUGGGUGGUUCAGAAGAAUUUCGUCUGCUGAAUGUGCUUCAUUGAACUGUUUUACUGUUUUCAUAGCUCUCAUGACCUUCUGUUGGGACGGUACCAGAGUAAAGUAGGAACAGUUAGAAGAUAGACUAGAAGCAGAAUAUUUGUCAAAUUUUGGUUACACCAAUAAGCAAUGUUAAAAUCUGAACAUAAAUAUAUAUAGAUAAAUUUUCAUAAA